AUGAUCACCAAUGUCGAAUUUUCUGGUCUCCAUCAAGCGCUGCUCGAUGCACAGACAGCUCUGUCCGAUGGCUCUUCCCACGAGAUCGGCCAGCCUUUAUUAGCCCCUUGGACGCGUCGAGCUUCUGCAAAUGAACUGCCGAGCUUCGUACGAGUCUACUGA